UGGCCACAGCCGUGCGGACCAGGGCGAGCGCAGCAUGGAUGCACCGCUGCCGCCGCGCGAGGCGGCAUGGUUCGUGACAGAGAACAGUCGCGACGUGUACGUGGACCUCGAGGGCGUGCGCAGGACGGCCGAGCUGCUGCUGCCCGCGGCCUCGGCGUGGCGCGUGGAGCAGUGGAAGUCCCUGCACGAGCUCAACCCGCGCGGGGCCGACGAGGCUGCGCUCAACUGGGUGUUCGUAGUGGACACGCUCAACUUCUCCUUCUGGGCGGAGCAGGAGGAGCACAAGUGUGAGGUGCGGUACGGCGGGAGAGCAUACACCGGCUUCUGGGCCCUGUGCGCCGCGGUGAACCGAGCGCUCGACCAAGGGAUACCAAUAACUAGUGCCUCCUACUACGCCACGGUGACUCUUGAUCAAGUUCGGAAUAUAUUUCGUUCAGACACAGCUGUGCCCAUGCCUUUAAUAGAAGAGAGGCAUCGGAUUCUAAAUGAGACUGGGAAAAUUCUGCUGGACAAAUUUGGAGGCUCUUUUCUUAAUUGUGUCAAAAAAAGUGAAAAGAGUGCACAGAGGUUAAUGUACCUGGUUGUUAAAAAUUUUCCUUCUUACAGAGAUGUGACAGAGUUUAAGGGGAAAAGGAUUGCCUUUUACAAACGAGCCCAGAUCCUUGUGGCAGACACAUGGAGUGUGUUGGAAGGAAAGGGAGAUGGCUGCUUUAAGGACAUCUCCAGCAUCACCAUGUUUGCUGAUUACAGACUGCCACAGAUUCUCCUUUACUUUGGAGCCCUGAAAUACUCGAAUGAAUUACUGAAGAAGCUUCUCAGAGGAGAAAUGCUCUCAAAUGGAGAUAGACUAGAGGUGGAAAUUAGAGGUUGCUCAAUUUGGUGUGUCGAGCUGAUCCGGGAUUGUCUUCUGGAGCUUUUUGAGAAAAGGGGUGAGAAACCUCAGGGCGAGAUCAACUCUGUUCUUCUGGAUUUUCACUUGUGGGACUAUGCCCGCAACCACAGGGAUGACAUGAGAGGAAUUCCCUUUCAUCGCACACGCUGCAUUUAUUACUGACACUGAAUGUCAAUGGAUCCAGUGGAAAUACUUGCACUUUUAGAUCAGUCAUUUGCAUCAUUUUGAUUUGAUAGAGAUAGAAAUCACAAGAAUAGGUAAUUGACUGUCCAGUCUUUUCUUUUUUUUUCUUGGCAUAUCAUUGUGUAUUCCCAUAAUCCCAUAAUCAUAUUGCAUAAUCUUCAAUGAUAAUAGCCAUGUUCUUCUUCUUUCCCUCUUUUGUGUUUCUGUGGCCCUGGGGUCCUUGUGUAUGCUAGGCAAGUACUCUACCACUGAGUCACAGGCCAAUUUACUUAUUUUCUAUGUGCUAUAAUAAUUAAUAUUAGAUAGCGUACUUUAAGGAUGGAUCUUUAGCCUUUCCAGCUGCAGGGGGACUCAGUCUCUCUCGGACUGAGACACCCUUCUUUUUUUAUUUACAAGGGCAUCUUUAUUAUCUUCCAAUUUACACUUUUAGCAAGUCGAUAUCCAUAUCCCCAAAACAUCCUAAGCUUCCAAAAGGACAAUGGCAAAUGCAGAUUCUCAAUUUACGACUAUCACAGUGUGCAGGAUUUUUCCCAGCUAAGUUUUGCAUAGGCUUUGCACCCUUGGGACUCUCUCAGACAAGAUUGACUUCAAGGGCAACAAGGAAAACAAAAGGUGGAUCAAGGCUAGGUGCUCUGGAGCCAGACCAGGUGUAGCUCAGUGGGAAUUCUCCCAUCAAGUAAUGCUUGGUGUGGUGGCACACGUACAUGUAAUCCCAGUACUCAGAAGUUGGAAGCUGAGGGAUCAUGAGUUCUAGACCAUCCUGGGUCAUCUUAAAAGUCAAAAAUAAGUGCUAAAGAGACAGUUCCCUAGUUAGGGACAUUUGCUGCUCUUGUAGAGGACAUGAGUUUGGUUCCCAGCACCCACCCUGGGCACUAACAACUACCAGUAACUCCAGUUCCAAGAGAUCAGUGCCCUCUGCUGGCCUCCACAGUAAUCCACGUACAUGUGCACAUACACAUAAAGUCUUUUAAAAAAAAUUGGGCUAUGAAUGCAGUGCAGUUGAUGGAGUGAGUGCCUGCCAUGAACAGGGCCCUGAGUUCAGUUCCCAGCACUGUAUAAAACCAAGUGUGUGAUGUUGCAUACCUGUGAUCCCAGCACUGAGGAGACGGAGUCAGGAAGGAGACAUUUAAGGUCAUCUGUCUCAGCUAGAUAGUACAAGACUAACCUAGAAUACUUAAGACCUUGUAUUAUUUUUAAUACAGCACUUUAAUUAAUUCUUUGAGAAUUGUAUACAGUGAGCUUUGAUCCUACCCCCUCAAUCUACCCCUAACUCCUCCCAGAUUCACUCUCACCUCACCACCUCCAAGAAUUUAUCUUUGAAAAAAAUAAAAAAGAUCAAGCUUGGCAUUUAA